GAUGAUUCUAACAGUCAGAGAUAUUUGAGAUGGGCGGACGCGUUUAUUGUUGUGUACAGUAUAACAGAUAGACCUAGUUUUGAGAUAGCUCGGCAGUACCUGCAGAAAGUCUCUGAACAUUUACGUAUCUCCAACAAAGAUUGCCCUAUUGCCCUCGUAGGCAAUAAAAGUGAUCUCGAGCGUUACAGACAAAUUAGUAAAGCUGAUGGACAAACAUUAUCGUGUGAAUACGAUGGUAUAUUUUACGAGUGUUCGGCAGCUGAGGAGUAUGAAUAUGUAGAAGACAUUUUCUAUGGACUUGUACAUUCAAUACAACGGCAACGAGGAGAACGAAGUCUAACUUAUUCACCAUUGUUUAUAACGGAGGACAAAUAUCACUCUAUGCAAAGAAAUAGGCCACGCUCGCCAAGAAGUAGUACGGAAAAGAAAGAAGACAAAGCACAGAAUAAGAAAAAUCCGACCAGCUUUAAACUGUUCAAUAAAAGUUUUAAGAUAUUCAAUUAACGAAAACAGUGCAGUGCUAAAACGCAAAACUGUGCUCAUAAGGUAAAGCGUGGAAAACCCUCUACGUAAAGGAAGUUUAUAAAUGAAAAAUUUAUAUUAUUCGAGUGGAGUAAUGGAAGUUCCUAGAUGUGA